UGUGCCUGAGCCAGGAUGGAGAGUAUUAGCAACAGCCUGAAGAAUAAAGCAACCGAGAGACAUCACAGAGCAGAGGUGAUGAUUGCAGGAGAGCAGCUGAGGCUUCGACUUCAUGAUGGAAAGCUCAUUAAGGACAGGCGCCACCACCUUCGAACGUACCCCAACUGCUUUGUUGCAAAGGAGCUUACAGACUGGCUGAUUGACCACAAGGAAGCACCAGACCGAGAGACGGGUAUCCGCCUAAUGCAGAAGCUAAUGGACCAUUACAUCAUCCAUCAUGUUUGUGAUGAACACUCGGACUACAAGGACGCCAAGUUGCUCUACCGUUUCCGCAAGGACGACGGGACCUUCCCUCUCAACAAGGAUGUAAAGGUGUUCCUGAGGGGGCAGAGCCUUUAUGAGACGCUGAUCAAUGUAGAAGACUCCAUACUGAAGGCGAGAGAGGAGAAUUCUGUGAAGUACCAGAGGACAUUCCUGGGCUGUGAAAUGAUUGACUGGCUCAUCCAGGAAGGGGAGACAGCAAACAGAAAGGAAGCUGUGGAGCUGGGCCGAGCGCUGCUGGAACAUGGGAUCAUUCAGCAGGUCUCCAGCAAGCACCACUUCUUUGACAGUAACCUGCUCUACCAGUUCCGGAUCAACUUCCGCCGGAGGCGACGGCUCACGGAGCUGCUCAACGAGAACUCGCCCCGGGCUUUGUCAGAGAGUCCUGACAGCCCCUUCUGCCUCCGCAAGCUCAACCCGGAGCAAGGCAACUCCAGCUUCCUCUCAGUCCAGCCCAACAAGGAGAUCAAAAUAGUCUCAGCAGUUCGGAGGAGCAGCGUCACCUCUCUUGCCGGAAGUUCCAACCCCUAUUUCACUCCUACGCCCAGCCUGGGAUUCCUGCCAGCAGCUGAAUGCAACCCCAAAUCAGUGCUAAAGAAGCCUGUCACCAAUGAGGAGCUCCUGUCCCCCGGGGCUCCAUACAUCAAGAAGACACUAACCAUUGUGGGGGAUGCUGUGGGCUGGGGGUUCGUGGUCCGUGGGGGGAGACCCUGCCAUAUCCAGGCUGUGGACCCAGGAGGACCGGCUGCUGCAGCAGGCAUGAAGGUGUGUCAGUUUGUUUUCUCUGUGAACGGAAUGUACGUUCUGCAUUUGGACUAUCCGACCAUCAGCAGCCUCAUCAUGACGGGACCGCGAACGCUUGUUCUGGAGGUCAUGGAAGCCAUUGAAUAAGUGAAGAAUCCUCUCCUCAUCACUGAUCCAAGAGGCGGGAUGCUUCAGCUACUAAAGGAUGGAGUGAUCAGUUACAUGAGUCUGCUAAAAUUAGGGGACGGACCAAACCUGGUCUCUCUUCCUAAGAGACUAGGCCUGAAAUGUAGCCUGACAUUUUGACUUGUCUUAAGUAAUUGGAAUCUGAUGGGGAAGGUCUCUUUGGCUCAGACAGGACUGAGGUAUUCGUGGCUCAGUGCCUAAUCCUGAGAGAUGAUGACCACCCACAACUCCUUUUA